GUGACCGAUUGCCGUCCGACUUGUACCGUACCCGCACUCCUCGCCCUCGCACUCUGUCCUCGCGGUCAGGACGGCUUCUACUACCUGGAUUUCAGCAACAACGCUACAACGCUAUAUACGCGAUCACUUGCUCAAAACAUCAACUGCGCCUCGCAUUGCAUUGCUACCAGCUAUGUCGACUUCAGACAUUGCCUCCGUUGAGUCCGCGGUAAGUCUCUGAGAAUUGCUUGGCCCAACGUAACAAUAUCAUGGCUCUCUACGAGUCGUCUCCGGUCUACCGAGUACUUUUCAACGAGGACCUAUUCGAGAAUGUAGUGCGGCUCCUGCUCGGCCUAGGGAAGGGACGCAACCACGGCUCUGUGGCCAGCCUAGCCUGCGCAUCGCGAGAAUUCAUGCACACAGCACUGCGAGUCCUAUGGGAGAGGAUGUGGUCGCUCGUCCCCCUCCUCAAAACGGUACCCGGGCUUGUAUGGAAGAGCUCCCCGAUAAAUAGUGGUGAUGGAGUGCAAUGGCACGUCGUAGUGCCCCAGGAUGAUCCGACGAUGCUUGCGCUCGAUACGGCGGCCUUCAGACGCUAUUCGGCAUAUAUCAAGUGCUUCGCCUGGUUGACGAACGACGAAAUUACUCCGGGGACCUUCAAGUUCUUCGGGCUGGCGCUGUCGUCUGUCAGGCCGUGGUUCCCAUCCAUACGUUCCCUCGUAUGGUUCGAAAGGCGCAUGGUAGUCACCCUCCCUCCCGUGUGGGUCUUUGGCGUACCGAGCUUGGAGGGCUUCUUCAUCACUGCGUCUCGCUACGAGAAAUGGACGUUGAUCAACAUACUGAAGGGACUGCCGGAGCGCUGCCCCGGCCUUCAACAUCUCAGUAUCCAGAACCCGGUGCACCCCGAGGAUACGCGCCUGGAGGAGAGUUCCGACUUCGCCGCAGCGUUCACCGGAUUUCUACACAAGUGUAUUGAGAUCUCGUCGGGCGCGCCGAACCUUCGUACCCUGCUUUCGUGCGUGCCCAUUCAGUGGGAGGACAUCAUGACGCUGGCGCAGAUGCCGAGGUUGGAGGAACUCGCGAUUCAUGUGUCCAAGGAGGAACCCAAGGAUUUCGAGGCGCUCCCCGUUUUCGCUUUCCAGGGCCUGCUCGUCCUGAAGCUCUGCCUCGAGACGUUGGGCGGUCACGGUGUGGUGGUUCGCUUGCUCGAUGGCAUCGGCUCCCUGAGACUCAAGGACAUCGACGUGUCGAUCGCGCACGUUGCCCCCCGCGAACGAAUGGUACACCAGUUGUUCGAGACCCUCUCUCGGAGCGCAUACAGGCAGGCCGUCGAGCGGCUUGUUUACAAGGCUGCGGCUCACCAAACGGACGACUCGUCGCAGGUCCUUUCAGUUUCAAUGUGCACACUUCAGCCGCUCCUACAGCUCUCGAACUUGGCGUCGCUAUCCGUCACGGUGCCCAAUUUGUAUCUGGAGAUGGACGACUUCUGCACCCUGUCCAAGGCCUGGCCGCACCUCACGGCAAUCGACCUCCAGCAGACCGCAGGCAUCACUUAUAUUUUCCCCGUUGAUUGGCUGGCCCCAUUCGCGCUUUACUCGCUGAAGUUGAAGACGAUAACAGGAAUCGACGUGAUGGAGGCGAUUCCUGGAGAAUCUCUGGCGGCUUUCACUGAUGCUCCGAAUCCCGCGACGCCAGUCGAGGCCGUCGCUUGUGGUGUUUACGAAGACAAACAGUCGGUUCGUGAUUACUUAGGUCACCUAUUCCCGAAAGCUGUACUUCAUAUCAAAAAUGCGUCUAGUUGACCGACUGUUCUGUUGCAGGCGUCGACUUUUUCUUCUUAGCUACUUGCCAUGUAGAUCACUCUCAACGUUAGAUGCCACAUACUGGAUCUGAACGUAACGUUUCCUCGUGAUCUUUCGCGACAAUGCGGUUACAUUACAACCAUGUUCAAUAGUAAUGCCACGGGUACCCAUAUCUAUGU